UGGCUGGAAUGUCUCACGAAACUCCCGAUCCGCUUUCACUUCCAACAAUACCUCUGUUCACCCCAAAUGAUUUCCCUCCAAUAUCCGUCAAACCAAUUCAACUCGAUCCAUUAGAAAAGUUAAAAACUCAAUUCAAUACCACAACUUCAAAGGUGAUUCCGAAUUCUUCUUAUGUUUCUCAAGCUCUUCCCUUUGUUUUACUUAGUUUUGGAAAAGUAUGCUGGCUAAGCUCCCAAGGAGGAGUUAUAAGGACUCGCGAUAAUCGGAAUUGUACGUUCCAGCUUAACGACUUUUGCGACAAUUCGGUCACGGAUCUUACGAAAGUGCUCCGCAUUGGAUUCAUUUUGAAAUUUUCGGCAAUACAAAAUGAAGAGAAAGAGUAUACUGCAACAUCUGUUCACCCUAUUUGUGGUCAUGAAACUAAAAUCAAAUUUCGUGAGAAUAAAAUUGUAGAAGUAAAAUCUUCGUGCAAUAUUCUAUCUAAGGAUUUUUAUUGUCCGAUGAUGGAACUUGUUGCGUGUCAGUUUCUUCUCGGGACAUUCCGUGGAAAUAUAACAAUUUCUUUGCCUUUUUGCAGUAUAAUAGCUCAAUUGUCACUUUAUGCUGAAAAUUCUCUCAAAAAGUACAUAGGUGACUCUACUACAAAACUUCGUGUUUUUAUCGAACGACGUACUCACCUCUUUAGAGUAGAUGGAGAGGUGGUUGUUCUUCUGCAUCCAAUCGUAUUAACGACAGUUAAUAUGCUCUCUGGCUAUCUUCUUCGUAGUGGUGGAGUCACGUCCGUUCAAAACGUACUUACGUUCUACCAGAGUCCAAUUUUUCCGGCAUAUCUCAGAAACUAUUUUGGUUCUGACUUUAAUUCAUUGGUGAGAAUUCUUGAAGGACACAAAUGGAUUUUUGCGGUAUUUCCUGAUAAAGAUUAUGUAUCAACACUGAGGAAUCUUCCACCAUUCAACUACUUUGGAUAUUUUGAUAAUCAGUUCUUCAUUGCUCCGCCACUUCACCAGGCUAUCUACCAAAGUUGCCCACCAGGAUUACAAAACGAUCAUUCUCAGUACCUCUCUUGUUUUCAACGCCCGAUGCCGUCAGUUUCAGAGAAAACACAGGAGGAACUCCCUCUAAAAUUAAUGCUUCCUACUUUGCCAGUUACUCCAAAUCAACCUUUCAACAGCAUUGAUCCACUGCAUUGUUCAUCAGCAACCGGAGAAGGGACAACGUUGUACAACGCUGCCUGGGAACACGUAGAAAAACACAUGAACCUUUGUUCAUUCGAGCAGAAAAUUCAGGCGAAUCUAAUCAAAAAUGCUUCAAACUUUAAUUCUGGAACAAGCCUUUUCUCUACGAUUAAUGAGUGGAAUAUACUCGGUAAACCAGAUGAAUUAAACAAAUCGAAAGCUGAUACAAACAUUUCCUCGAUUUACGGCGUCAACGAAGUGCUUACUGAGAAGUUUGGUCCCAUCAACUACGGACCAAUUCAUAAUUAAUACGGACUUUGGUUUUCGAAUGAGAAAAAUUUAUCUUUCUAAUAAAUUUUACACCGACUUGUAAAA